AUGACCUCCCAAAGAGCUCUGGAUUUCGCAGGGGAUAUCGCCAUCGUCACAGGAGCCGGGUCUCGGUUGCCCGGCGAGAUUGGAAACGGCAGGGCCACAGCGGUCCUCCUCGCAAGGCACGGAGCCAAAGUUGCCCUGGUCGACCACAACGCCGAUUGGGUCUGGGAGACGAAGCGCAUGAUUGACGCUGAAGGAGGCACGUCCGAGGUCAUCAUCGCUGAUGUGGCAGAUGAAGAGGCGUGCAGGAGGGCGGUAAGUGAGACGGUCAGGCUGUUUGGGGCGGUACAUGUGCUGGUGAAUGUCGUCGGCGUAGGUGGAGCGGCUGGCGACGCCACCACGGUCGACAUGAAGGCCUGGGAGCGAGACAUGAGGAUUAACGUGACAAGCAUGGUUCUCAUGUGCCGCUACACGGUGCCCGAGAUGCGCAAGAGCGGGCGAGGGGCCAUCGUGAACAUAUCCUCCGUCAGUGGUCUCCUAGGUGGAAACCCGAGCCUUCUCUAUGCAACCAGCAAAGGCGCCAUCGUCCAGAUGACCCGGACUAUGGCUUCUCAUUACGGCGCCGAUGGUAUUCGGGUCAACUGUGUCGCACCGGGCAUGGUUCACACGCCCAUGGUCGGGGGCGCGGGGAUGAGUGCUGAGAUGAGACAGUCAAGGAUCGACCAGACUCUGCUGAAAGUAGAGGGGACUGCCUGGGAUGUUGGUUUCGCUAUCCUGUUCCUCUGCAGCAGAGAGGCGAUGUGGAUCACAGGAUUGAUUAUGCCAGUGGAUGGCGGUGUAAGAUAG